AUGGACACCGAAACCGAUGAGCGGGCAGCCCAAUCAGGCAAUAAAACCAUGGAUUCUAUGAUACCCUUGUUACAGACGGGAAGAAGAUUGCGCUCCAGCUCGUUGUCGACUGCCACGAGGCUCCUCGCAUACAAUCCCGCCGGCGGGAUGUGGCAGGCGACGGGCACGGCCAUCGCGCACGCCCCAAAUAUCAUGGAUCUCAAAUCAUCAGAUGAAGUGGGGUUUGAUAUACACGGCCGCAGUGUACGUCGAGUUAAAACGCAAGAUAUGGUCGUUGGCCAGAUGGUUCGGAGAGCGACUGCGCCUGCGAUUGAUCUCCAGUCUUCGGAAGCAGGGAGGUUGAUGGACGAGUCUUCUGAGAUGCCUCAUGUACCUCAGCUUGAACACAUCGAAACCCACCGGAACGAACACAUGCCAAAGUUGUCAUGGCGCAGUCUAUGCAAGAAGAUAUCGACUGCGGUUUGGAGAUUUAUCUGUACCCCGACAGGCCUUUUCAUCACGAUCUAUGGCCUCAACGUUGUCGCCUGGGGUGCCAUGCUGUUCUUCCUUUUGCUAAAUGUUGGUUCUUUGAGCAAGGAGCGUAAGGAACUGUGGAUCGAGAUCGAUUCGCAAAUCCUCAACGGAUUGUUCUGCUUGACCUCGUGGGGCCUAGCACCGUGGCGGAUUCGUGAUACAUAUUGGCUGCUUAUGUGGCACUUUGGCUCGAAGGAAAAGUCAAAAAGAUCGGUAUCGCAACUUGCAAAGCGUAAUGCAAGCUGGUUUAGAAUAUGGGAUACUGGCUCUGUUGAGGAAGCUUCCGACAAUAGAGACUUCAUCAAAACAGCGACGGGCAAUAUUGCUCCAGCCACCAGUUCGUGGAAAAUGGACUUUGUCGUGAUCAAUAUGCUGCUCAAUAGUCUUUUCCAGAUUGGCAUGGCGACUUUCAUGUGGUAUUAUGAUAGACAUAACCGUCCGAGCUUUGGGGUUGGUCUUUUCAUCGGUCUGGGCUGUUUCAGCUCGCUUUUGGCUGGGAUCAUGUCAUGGUGGGAAGGGCGAAAAGUCAAGUUGAUCGAGGGGCCCAUGUUGGAAUCAAAAACAGAAAGUAUGAGACAUUGCCAUGUGCAAAAGGUAUGA